UCCAGAUCCCCGCCUCCCCACUCGGAGUGGGCUGGGUUGGGUCGGUGCCGGCCGGGUGGCGUCACGCUGUGAAGGAGACACCCACGUGCGGCAUGGAGGCGGGAGGCUGGGGCCGGGAGGUGGACGCUGGCAAAGUGAUAAGCUGGGGACCCCGGGUGGAGCCCAAGACCGCGCCUGGGCUGUGACGUGGACUCCUCCGGCCGAUCGGUCCCGCGCCGCAGCCGACUUCGAGCCACAAGGCAUCGGGGGGAGUCUUCCUGCCAAGUCCCUUCUUCCCGCGGGGAUGCCGGACGUCGGCCCUGGUAACCCGGAGACCCCUCCGGCGGUGGGGAGCGCCGAACCCAGCGCUCUGAGCCAGCUGCCCCACUACCAGACCUACAAGCGGCGAUGGUUCUUCCUUGUGGUCGUCUCUUUGCUCAACUGCUCCAAUGCUAUGCUUUGGCUGAGUUUUGCCCCAGUGGCCGACAAAAUUGCUCACUACUUCCAACUAUCCAUUUCGGAGAUUAAUUGGCUGUCGCUUAUCUACCUGGUGAUGUCCAUCCCCUUUGGAUUAGUUGCUACAUGGAUCCUGGAUUCUUUUGGACUCAGGUUUUCAACGAUCCUGUGUGCUUGGUUGAAUGCCAUUGGGAGUGCCAUCCGGAUUUUCCCCUGCCUAAGCAUUUUGAACAAUUACUAUUUCAUAUUCUUUAUGGUUGGCCAGAGCUUGUGCGCCGUGGCCCAGGUCUUGGUCAUCUUCUCUCCAGCCAAACUUGCAGCCUUGUGGUUCCCAGAACAUCAGCGAGCUACGGCCAACAUGAUCGCCACCAUGUCAAACCCUCUGGGCGUCCUCCUGGCUAAUAUGGGGUCUCCUGCACUUGUGAGAAAAAAGGAAGAUGUUCCAUUAAUGCUUGGAGUCUACAUCAUCCCGGCUGGGAUUGCCUGCUUCCUCUCCAGUGCCUUCAUUUGGGAAAGCGUCCCUCCAACUCCUCCGUCUGCAGGAGCUGCCACCUCCACCUCAGAACCUUUUUUUUCAGGGAUGUGGAUUCUCCUCCGGAACAAGGCGUAUGUCAUCCUGGCUCUGUGCUUUGGGGGUGGAAUUGGUGCCUUCUCAGCCUUCUCUGCCUUGCUGGAACAGAUCCUGUGUGUGAAAGGCUAUUCCAAUGAAUUUUCUGGCCUCUGUGGGGCCCUCUUCAUUGUGUUUGGGAUCUUCGGUGCUCUAGUCCUUGGCCUCUACGUGGACAAGACCAAACAGUUCAUUGAAGCCACAAAGAUUGGUUUUUGUCUGACCACGUUAGCGGCCAUCGCUUUUGCUGUGGUGUCUCAGCUCCAGGACCAGAAGGCAUGGGUAGCUGUGGUCUGCUCUCUGUUUGGAUUCUUUGGUUUUUCCAUUUGCCCAAUUUCCUUUGAGUUAGCUGUUGAAUGUUCCUAUCCGGUGGGAGAAGCUACCUCCACGGGUUUGAUCUUUGUCAUAGGACAAAUUGAAGGUGUGAUCAUCAUGGUUCUGUUAGAAGCCCUGACAAUACAGCGCAGUGGCCCCGGCCCGGGCCCCACCAUGUGCCAGCUGCAGGCAGACACCAGUGUGGACUGGACAAACUCCAUGUUGUUCCUGGCUGCACUAUUCUGUAUCUUCAGCUGCAUCUUCGUUAUUUUUUUCCAUUCACCAUAUAAGCGGCUUCAGGCAGAAGCUAACACUACCUACAAGCUCCACGAGGCAGGAAGGGAUGAGGAAGAUGGAGCUUCGAUUCAGUGACCCAGAUAUACCACAGUCUGAACUUCCUAUCACUUCCCAACACAUGUCAAAUUUCUGUUUUAAAAUUUAUUUUUCAACAACAACUUAGGAGAAAGUUUUGACAGAAAACAUUUUCUGGAAACUUUUAUUUUGAUCCGUUUCUUUCCAUGCCCCCGAUAUUCUCUGACAAAGCAGAUGCUGAGCUGGAGAGGCGUUGCCAAGGGUGUGAUUCUUGAUCUCAAAGCAGCGAAUGGUCUCCAUACCAAAAGGCAUUGGGGAGACCCUCUAUCCAGGCACUUAGGGAAAGACCUCAAGUCAUCAAUGAGAAUUGGGGAACAGAUUUUUUAAAAAAACUAUUUGGAGAGACUUCACACUGGAUACUGAGGAGAGUUCAGUUCAAACACCUGGAAGAGAGUUUAUAACAAGUAGCAGAUGAGAAUCCAUAUUGAGAACUGGAAAGACUCAUCACCUUUGGCAAAAGGGGAAGGAUUUCUUCAUAUAGAA